UUUCUGAAGUUACAGUUACGGAGCGUUGCACACACGCAAUGACCCAAUAGAUGAAAAAGUAUAUGCGCAAAGGGUAAGGCUGUCAUUUCAUUACUUCUCUCUCUCUGCGCUGCACUGCACAUUCUUUUGAAGGAUAUUAUCACCGAUUCACUGUACUAGCUCGCCUCACCAUUUCCUCCCAAUUCUGUUCUUUGAUUCACUCAAAUAACACUCAGGUAAAGAAGAGAUCAUCGUGUGAUGAUGCCGGAUCCAUAUCCUGUGCAUCCAGAUCAAGUGGGAGAAUAUGAUCAUGAAAGCUUGUUUCAUAGCAACGGCAGUGACUAUGCCAAACCAGGCUCAAUGAGCAGUCCGCAGAAUGAGCAUUUCGUACACAAGGAGGAAUAUGUGCAAAAUGAGGAUAUUGUGCAGAUUGCUCAUGCUGCACUGCAGAAUGAGCUAUUUGCGGAGAAUGAUAAUGAAAUGGACAAUAAUUUGGAGAAUGAUAUGCAGAACGAGCAACAUGUGGUUUCCUUUGAAAGUAAUGGUACCGUGAACAGGAUGGAGGAAAAUAACUUGCUUUGGCCAGUUCUACCUGGUGAAUCUGGUGAAGGAUUGCCAUAUGCUCCAAUUGAUUGGCCAUAUCCUGGUGAUAUUUGGACUUGGAGAGUAGGAAGGAGGUUUAAUACUUCUGGCUACUUCCAAGAUAGAUUUCUGUAUAUUCCAAAACGUCUUGGAAAACAGACAUUUGCAAGCAAGAAUGCAGUUGCAAAUUAUAUUACAUCAAACUUCCCAGGUGCAGAUGUGGAUGCAUUUUUUGCAUCAUUUGCUUGGAAGAUCCCAGUAAAAGUGCAAUCUCCAACGAAAGUGGAACCUGCCCCUCCACUGCCGCCGGAAGAAAAGGUAACAGGUCAAGAAGAAGAGAAAGCAAAUAAUGUUCAUUCUUCCCUGAGGAAAAGAAGAAGUACUGUAACUGCAUCAUCAACACCUAAGCAAACAGAAGAGAAUGGGGAACCAUUAUCAUCCACGCCUAAGCGAAGAAAACAAAGUGGAGCCAAAUUGUCAUCCACACCUAAACCUAAGCGCACAAGACAGAGUGGAGGUAAAUCAUCAUCCGCGCCUAGGAAGAGCAAACAGAAUGAAGCUGCAUUAUCAUCCACAUCAAAGAAAAAAACUAGGCAACCUUCUAGAAGAUCCUCUCGAUCUGUCCCUGACAUUGAAGUUGUGGAGGAACCAAUAAUAGAGCCAAUUCCAGAAGAUUUUGAUAACUAUCUCAGCUCUUUGGAAGAUAUUCUCACCCAGCCUCUUGCGAUGACCACAAUACCCUCUUCUACAACUGCUGAUUCUGCUGCUACUCAAAUCGAAAUGGCAGAAGCUCGAAACAAGCUUUCUUCCCUUCUUGUUAUGGAUUUUCCUUCAUUGGUUUCAUCGAAGUGCAUUACUGAACUGACAACUCUAGCAUCCAAACUUCGAACAGAUCCUACCAUGAAUGCUGAACAACUUGUUAAACUGAAAUUGAUCGAGGAAAUCCCAACAUUCAGUGAGGUUUAUCUGGAGAGUAGGGAAUUAAUAGAUCAGGUUGAUGAAUUCUUUGCUACUCUUGAGGGUAAAAGGGCCAAAGUUGCUUCCUUGAAAAACGAGUAUAGUGAAUUGAAGGAAAAGGCAGACCAGCUGCAAUCCCAGGUGGACGCAAACUCUUUGGCUGUAGACGAAAUUGACAGACAAAUUGCUCUACUUAGAUCCAGGAGAGCGGAGAUCACAAAUGCAAUUGAGACUAACAAGGCAGCGAAGUCUGAGGUUAACACUGCUCAAAGAAUGGUAGCAAGUGCAAUUCCAAAAGUUGUCCAUGAAAUUCAACUUGCCAACUCUAGGAUGCCAGAGCUGGAGCUAAAAAAGACAAAUGCAGUCAAGCGUGAAGCUGAAAUUCGUGCAAAAUUUGCCCCUCUAGAAUGGUUUUCCCUUUAAAUAAUGUCUGUAGGGCUAUGUUUUCACUUUUUCAUGUUUAUGGUUACUGUUUUCCUUUCUUCUUUUUUUUUUUUUUUUUUUACUGUUAUGUAGCUCGCAUCAAUCCCCGAUGCUGUAAUUUUUACUAAGUCUUAUAAUCUUAUUUAGAAAGUACGUGGGCCU